AUGCCGCAACCAACUCUCACCGCAGACUACAAGUCCCCAGCGACCUCCACGGCCGACAAGUCUUCAUACCUCAAGGCUCUGCGCGCCUCUGUCGCCGACACCCAAGACACUAUCAACAAAGAGCUCACAGCGCGAAUGGAGCAGGACAAGGCGAGGGAUGCCGCGGCUGAGGCCAAAGAGGAAGAGAACUAUGGCGAGGAGGUGCAAGAAGAGGAGGACUGA